AUGCUUCGAAAUGGAACCACAACAUUGGAGGCCAAGAGUGGGUACGGACUGAAUACGGAAAGCGAACUGAAGAUGUUGAGGGUGCUGGAUCGUGUCAGCGACAACACUCAGCUGGAGAUAUCGGCUACGUUCUGCGGUGGUCAUGCUGUACCAAAGGGCUCAACGGAAGAAAGCCAUGUGAAGCUGAUUUGUGACGAGAUGCUGCCAGCAAUCGCAAAGGCGCGGGAAGCAGGUGAUCUGAAAACGCUCGAGAACAUCGACGUUUUCUGCGAGAAGAACGUCAUCGAAGUAGAAAACACGCGGAAAAUUCUGGAAGCCGGCAAGAAACUGGGUUUGGCAGCGAAUUUCCAUGCUGAAGAAUUGUCAUGCAUCGGUGGUGCGGAGAUGGGAGCCGAGAUCGGGGCUCGUGCCAUGUCCCAUUUGGAGGAAAUCUCUGAUGAAGGAAUACGAGCAAUGGCGAAAUCUGGGACGGUGGCUGUCGUACUACCGUCGACUGCUUUCAUUCUUCGCCUCACUCCACCACCAGUCAGGAAGAUGAUCGAAAACGGUUUGUUGUCUCAGAAGAACUUUUGGAAUUAUAGUUUGGUGGAACCUGUGAAGGGAGAGUUCUCAAAGAGAUCUGUGGCCGUAUUUUGA